AUGUCUAAUGAAACAAAGUAUCAUAACCAGUACACUUCAUCAUAUAAUCAUUACAACAACAUCAGCAGCCAAAGUAUUAUGAAUCUCCCUUACGUUUCUGGUCCAUCCACUUAUAAUGCAAACAUGAUAUCAUCACAAAUCGGUUCCGAUCUACUGUCGAGUCCUCAAGGAGUGUACGAAUCGGGUUUCGAGCUCUCGCCAUCUUCCACCGAGUUUUUUAAUCAUUCCUUUGAUCAAGGGAAUGGUUUUUACAAUGCUUUUAAUUAUAACACUAGUAACAAGAGUCAAGAAGUUGUCGGUAGUGGUGGUGCAAUCAUUGAGAGUGAAACUAGGGUUUCUGCAUCUCCUUCUUCGAGUGAGGCCGAUCAUCGUCAGGGCCAAGAUUUCAGCAAGAGCUUGAGAAAAAAAGAAGUUGAAAAUGGAGGAAAAGAUGAUCAACGUGCUAAGAAAGUAGUUACAACAAAGAAGAAAGAGGAGAAGAAGCAAAGAGAGCCACGAGUCUCGUUUGUGACUAAGACUGAAGUUGAACAUCUCGAAGAUGGCUAUCGUUGGAGGAAGUACAGCCAAAAAGCAGUCAAAAACAGUCCUUAUCCGAGGGUGCGGAACGACGAUGAGGUGCGGAAGGACGAGGUGCGGGAGGAGGACGAGGUGCGGGAGGAGGACGAGGUGCGGGAGGAGGACGAGAGAGGUCCGACGCCAGGAAAAGGGAGAGCCGCCACUGGAUCUCGCCGAGAAACGAGAGAGCCGCCGGGAAAAAAGAGGGACCCGCCAGGAAAAGAGAGGGAGCCGCCGGAAUCGGAAGGGGAAGAGAGUAAUUCACGAGAGCCGCCGAGAAAAGAGAGGGAGCCGCCGCCUUGGAAGAGAGGGAGCCGCCGGAAUCGCUGA